AUGCGGCUCAUUGAGGCUGGAGCACACGGCGGCGCGCGGCCGCACGGCCUCGGCAGUAACGCGCCGCGGGCGGCGGCCCGCAUCUUGCUCGCGGCUGUCAGUGUCGAGUCCGCAGCGAGCGACACUCGGGCUGCAAACUGUUACGAUCUCAUUGAAUGGCUAAUGGAGCGCCUCAACAUAGAAGAAUCUGCUGAGGCGGUCCACUUAGCCAAUCAACUCUGCCAGUACGGAUACUACUUCCCUGUCAGCGACUCCAAAAAUUUGAUUGUAAAGGACGACAGCUCCCUCUAUCGUUUCCAGACCCCCUACUACUGGCCUUGGCAACACCGCAUGCCGGACAACGUGGAGUACGCCAUCUACCUGGCCAAACGCACACUACGCAACAAGCAGCGCCACGGGCUCGAAGACUACGAGCUGGAUGCACUCACCAGUCUGAGGAAGAAUCUGCAAAACAAGUGGGACUUCAUAACGAUGCAAGCUGAAGAACAGGUGCGGCUGGCGAAGGAGCGCAAGAAGGGCGACAAGAUCGUGAGCGACAGCCAGGAGCGCGCGUACUGGCGGGUGUACCGGCCGCCGCCCGGCUACACGCACCACCUGGAGCCCGCGCCCGUGCCCGCCUGGGGCGAAGAAUUAUCGACUCAGAGCGCCGUUGCCACGCACGCCUCGUUGCAGGUGGACUUCCUGAGGAGCUGCUUGGUGCGCACGCGCGUCAAGGUGUCGCAGGCGCUGGACAACCUGGUGCAGCACUGCACCACCUACGUAGAGUACGACCCGCUGCUGUCCGGCGUGCAGCCUUCCAACCCUUGGACCACCGAUGACCCCGCUUUCUGGCUGCUCAACAGUCCCCUAGUCGAAGUUCCAACAGAGAAGAGAGUGAAACGCUGGGCGUUAUCCAUGGAAGAACUCGUCUCCGACCCAACAGGUUUACAGGAGUUUACCAACUAUUUGCGCAAGGAAUACAGCCACGAGAAUAUCCGGUUCUGGAUGGCCGUCAACGACCUAAGGAGGAGCGCGCAAUCACAGAUUCAUCGCAAAGUAAAGGAGAUAUUUGACGAGUUCCUGGCCCCGGGGGCGCCAUGCGAGAUCAACAUCGACGGCAAGACGAUGGAGAAGGUGCACCAGGAGCUGCGAACGCCCACGCGCUUCACUUUCGACUCCGCGGCGGAGCACGUGUACACGCUGCUGCUCAAGAAGGACUGCUACCCGCGCUUCGUCCGCUCCGAACAGUACAAGGCGCUGCUCGCCGCCGGCGUCCAGCCGCUGCAGAAAAAGAGGUUCUUCGGGUUCGGUGGUCCAGCAAAGAAGAAAUCUUCGACGUGCAACCCUCCGAACGUGGCGCUGCUGCAGCAGCAGAUGGCGGCGGCGGCCGGCGGGGAGUCCCACGCCAACAAUAGUGGUGUGAGGGGCUUACAAGGAGCGCACCUCGCCAACACGGCCGGUAGCGGCGCCGGACUCUUUGGUGCUAAUCGGCGCCUUGGUCGCAAAAAACUGAGCCUGGGCAAGCUUUCCACGAAGUGGAGAAAUCGCAGCUCUGAGUUUUGCGCCCCCGUCCUGUACAAAGGCUGCCGCCAAGUGGGGGCGGCGUGUCCGCUGGCUUUCUCUCGAGCCGCCCUUGGAGGCCGCUAUAAACCGCCCCGGCUCGGCCAUUCCCUCGUUUCACUGCGCAGGGUGCGUUGUGGCUCGCUCACAGAAACCGAAGCUAACUGA